ACUUUUCAGAGCAGCGCCAUCCCCACGAAGGACGGUCGUUUUAAGGAAACUUUUCAAAUUGCAAAAUUUCAAACGAUUCUGAGAAUGCCGUUUAAAAGGUCGGCGGUCACUGCUCAGACCGUUACCCAGUUCUGAAUUCUGAUUCAACUUGGCGCUCUUUAUAAGGAUUUAGAAAGGCUUGGCCACAGAGAGGUCGUGUUGGGCAGUGGCGGAGCAAGAGCUCUCUGCGACGAAAAAUCGUGGAGCUCUUCGAAUUCAUUAAUGGCGUCCGAUUCCCCGCGGAAGCGCAUCGAUCAGGUCUCUUCUUGACCUCGACUUUUUUUUUCCCCCUGUUGAAACUCUAACCAGUCACAACUUCUUCUUUUUUCAAAACCCUAACUCUCUUCCUUUCUUUACGCCGCUCCUCAGAAGGCCAUGCAUAUGGGAUUAUUGCGGUUUGACUGACAGCGUCUAUGUAUCUUUGAAUCUGUCAGUCUAUGGAUCUUUGAAUCGAGUGAAUCUUGGCCUCUCCCUCUUGUUCUUCUCAGUUCUCAGCCCACAAUUUUCUUUUUGGUUUUUUGCCUUCCCCCCCCCCCCCCCCGUUUCGUGAGGGUUAGGGACAUGGAAUACCUUUAUAGUAAUUGUACGAUAGCUGGAGUUGGUACACAAAAAACUUUUCUGUGAAAAACCGAACCGACUCGUGGAGAGGUCUUAUUGCGUACCGGCGGAGCGAGAGCUGUCUGCGAGCAAGAAACGUGGAGCUCUCCGUCUUCAAUCAUGGCGUCUGAUUCCCCUCGGAAGCGCAUCGAUCAGUUUUUUGCAUCAAAAAAGAGGAAAUCUCUAUCACCCAGUUUGAAGUGCGGGAGAAUUGAGAACGACUCAAAACCCAACGUAAACGGGUCUCCCAGUGCCAAAGGCACUUUGGACAGUUACUUGGUAGCAUCACAGAAUGAUGAAGAUAUAGCCAAGCCUUCACAUGCAUCUUAUGGUUUGUCAGCUGGGCAGCAUCUAGUUAAAAGAAAUUUGGCAUCUGGGAUCAAUAAAAGUUUUGAAGAUAGAAACGAACAGCCCCUUUCACAUGCUCAAAUAUCAUCCAAGACCGAUGUUGCGAUAGGAGUGCUUCCAAAGGGAUUCUCAGAGACCAUGCAUGUCACGGAAAACUCAGAACUUAAGCGGUUUGCAACUGACUUUUUGUCUCUUUAUUGUAGUGAGCUCCAUUCAAGUGUAAGUUUGCCAUCAGAGCCUAAAGAAAAUGACUGCAAGAGACAUGGUAGCUCAUCCUUGUUAAGUCGAGAGGACAAAUCAUCCAAGAAGAGACAUCGCAUAACUAAUCAGUCAGAAUUCGAUAGUGAAUAUUCUUGCUCUAGUCAGAAGAGUCCUGUUGACAUGCAGUCUGGUUUUAUUGAUAAAUCAAGAGCAUUAGUUAUCGACUCUUCUAAAGAGGUGGCUGCUUGCAGUGACUUGACUGAAUUUCAAGCAAGCCUGCGAAAAUGCAAUGCAAUACAUAAAUGUACUGCCAGUAGAACUGAGCUUGGUACGCCUAGCUGUUCUAUUAAUAAGACAUGUGGUCGCUCAACCCCUAGAUCAACGCGUGGAUGCUCUUUAUUUUCACCUGGAGAGGCUUUCUGGAAUGAAGCAAUCCAAGUUGCUGAUGGUUUGUUUCCUCAAACUGAUGAAUUUUUGGUUCAGUCUGCUGAAGAAACUUAUGAUGCGAGGAAACAAAGCGAGGUAAAUAAGUCAUGCAAUUUGAAUCAUAGAAGAUGUGACGACACCUUGAAGGAAAGUUUGGAUGAAGGGGAGAAGAGAGCUAGGACAAUGGGGAUCGGUUCUUCUUCAGAUUUAGUGGGGAAUAUGAGGAAAGAUUCGGUUAAAGAAGCAUCACCGCUUCCUGUAAAGCAUUUUGACUUCAUGGAGGAUCAAAAUUUGAAGGAGAUUGCACCAGAUAGAUCUGUACAUGACUCACAAAUUGAAAUGCAAGAAGCUGAUGAAGAACCUAAAUCUCAUUCAGUACUCUAUAAACCAUGUACUGAUAGCAUCACAACACAUAGUGAUGAACAAGCAAACGCAGAAAUGCAUGAAGAAGAGAAGAUGGUUUCUUUUAAGAAUUUAAUUGCCGCAAAUGAAGUUGAUGGAGCUGGUACUCCUUCAAGUUCUGUGACACUUAAGGACAGCUUAGAUCUCAGCCAUUGGCUUCCUUCUGAAGUAUGCUGCUUAUAUAGAAAGAAAGGAAUUUCAAAAUUAUAUCCUUGGCAGGUUUCGUGCCUCCAGGUGGAUGGUGUUUUGCAGAGAAGGAAUCUUGUAUAUUGUGCUUCUACAAGUGCUGGCAAAAGUUUUGUUGCUGAAAUUCUGAUGUUGCGGCGGGUCAUGUCCUCCGGAAAAAUUGCGAUACUUGUACUUCCAUAUGUGUCAAUUUGUGCAGAAAAGGCAGAACAUCUGGAAUACCUCCUGGAACCACUUGGUAAGCAAGUUCGCAGUUAUUAUGGAAGUCAAGGUGGUGGAACACUUCAUAAAGAUACCUCAAUUGCUGUAUGCACAAUAGAAAAGGCAAACGCUUUAAUAAACAGGUUGCUGGAAGAGGGUCGGCUGUCAGAAAUCGGAAUCAUUGUGAUAGAUGAACUGCACAUGGUUGGUGACCAGACCAGGGGUUAUCUUUUGGAACUUAUGUUGACAAAGCUGCGCUAUGCUUGUGGUGAAGGCAAUUCAGAAUCAAGUAGCGGAGAAAGUUCAGGUACGAGCAGCAGUAGAGCUGGCCCUGCUCAUGGUCUACAAAUAGUUGGGAUGAGUGCGACAAUGCCAAAUGUGGGAGCAGUGGCUGAUUGGCUUCAAGCAGCAUUGUACCAGACUGAUUUCCGACCAGUUCCACUAGAGGAAUGUAUAAAAGUUGGCAACACAAUUUAUAACAAGAAAAUGGAUAUAAUUCGAACAAUCCCUAAAGCAGCUGCCCUUGGGGGUAAAGAUCCAGAUCAUAUAGUGGAACUGUGCAAUGAGGUUGUCCAAGAGGGCCAUUCCGUCUUAAUUUUUUGCUCAAGUAGAAAAGGAUGUGAAUCAACUGCAAGGCAUGUUUCGAAGUUCCUGAAGAAGUUCUCUUUUAAUAUCCCGAGUGAUAGUGAGUUCCUAGAUAUUGCCUCAGCUAUUGAUGCACUACGAAGGUGUCCUGUGGGAUUGGAUCCUAUAUUAGAAGAAACUCUUCCUUCUGGUGUUGCCUAUCACCAUGCUGGCCUCACUGUUGAGGAAAGAGAAAUUGUGGAAAGCUGCUAUCGUAGAGGCCUUAUACGUGUUUUAACUGCUACAUCUACCUUAGCAGCUGGUGUUAACCUCCCUGCAAGGAGGGUCAUUUUUCGGCAACCUAGGAUUGGUCGGGAUUUUAUUGAUGGGACAAGGUACAGACAAAUGGCUGGUCGGGCAGGUCGGACUGGAAUAGAUACUAAAGGGGAAAGUGUGCUGAUAUGCAAAUCUGAGGAGAUCAAAAGAAUAAUGGGACUCCUUAAUGAGAGCUGUCCACCACUAAGUUCUUGCCUUUCUGAAGACAAGAACGGAAUGACUCAUGCAAUUUUGGAAGUUGUGGCUGGUGGGAUCGUUCAAACUGCUCAUGAUAUCCAUCGAUAUGUUAGAUGCACUCUUCUCAAUUCUACAAAACCAUUUGAAGAUGUUGUGAAAUCAGCAAAAGAUUCUCUUCGGUGUUUGUGUCACAGAAAAUUUCUUGAAUGGAAUGAAGAUACUAAGUUAUACAAUACAACGUCUCUUGGUCGUGCAGCUUUUGGCAGUUCCCUCUGCCCAGAAGAAUCACUUAUUGUGCUAGAUGAUCUUUCAAGGGCGAGAGAGGGGUUUGUUCUUGCAUCAGAUUUGCAUUUAGUUUACUUAGUAACACCAAUAAGUGUUGAUGUUGAGCCUGAUUGGGAAUUGUACUACGAACGGUUCAUGGAACUUUCUGCUCUUGACCAGUCAGUUGGCAAUCGAGUUGGAGUGACAGAACCAUUUUUGAUGCGUAUGGCACAUGGUGCACCAGUGCGCAUUUCAAAUAGAUCAAGAGAAAAUAUGACAGGGUUGCAUAGAGAAUUUGUAAAACCUGGGAUUAUAAACACGGGUAUGAUUUCGGAUGAGCAAAUGCUUCGAGUGUGCAGACGCUUCUAUGUUGCUCUUAUCCUGUCAAGACUAGUACAGGAAUCACCCGUGGCUGAGGUUUGUGAAGCGUUUAAGGUUUCCAGAGGCAUGGUUCAGGCAUUACAAGAAAAUGCUGGAAGGUUUGCGUCUAUGGUUUCCUUGUUUUGUGAAAGGCUUGGAUGGCAUGAUCUUGAGAUAUUGGUAUCUAAGUUUCAAAAUCGUGUCUCAUUUGGAGUAAGGGCUGAGAUUGCUGAGCUCACUACUAUUCCAUACGUUAAGGGUUCUCGAGCAAGAGCACUCUACAAAGCUGGCUUUCGCACGCCUCUAGCCAUUGCUGAAGCAUCUGUUCCGGAAAUUGCAAAAGCUCUUUUUGAAUCUUCAUCGUGGGCUGCACAAGAAGGUUUGGCUCAAAGGCACAUGCAACUGGGAGUAGCCAAAAAAAUUAAAAAUGGCGCUCGGAAAAUUGUUCUCGAUAAAGCUGAAGAGGCAAGGAUUGCUGCCUUUUCAGCUUUCAAAUCACUGGGGUUUGAUAUCCCGCAAAUUGCUGUACCUUUAUUAUCAAAUACCAGACAAUUGAGGCAAGGUACCGGCAGCACAUCAUCUGGGGAUAAUCCUGCUUAUGACUUCCUUGGUGCUGAAGAGCAAGACGGUUCAGCUAAGCCAUCUUCAGAAGGGAGUCAGAAUUCUGAAAAUGUUGCUCCAGAGAGUGAAGUUGAUAAGUUAGCUAAAGCUUUAGAAGGUGGCUUUGUAACUGAAGCAGAAGUAAACCCAUCUGGUUCUCUGCAGUGUGAUUUUAGUGCUCAAACUUCCUUGGUACCAGUGGGUAGGAUAGCUGCUGAUAAGCUUGAUGCCAUUGUUGAACAUAAAGAAGUUCCAGAUAUGGCCCCUUCAAUUCAGUUAGGAAAAGAUGUUCAUGGAACCAGGAAUGGGAAUGUUUAUGAAGUACAGGAACAGCAUUUCAAUCAAAAUGCACUACUUGAGAGUAAGGACAAUGCUAUUGGGAAGGGACCUAUUACUGCAAUCAAUGCGUUUGGUGGAUUGGAUUCUUUCUUGGAUCUCUGGGACACUCUGCAGGAAUUUUAUUUUGAUAUUCAUUACGAAAAACGAUCAGAAGUGAACUCUCUUGCUCCGUUUGAAAUACACGGGAUAGCCGUAUGUUGGGAAAAUUCUCCAGUGUACUAUGUCAAUCUUCCCAGGGAUUUACUGUGUUUUGGUAGUACAAAAAGUAAUUUCUUGCAUCCAAAUGCAUCACAGGAAAAGCGAAAUAGUCAACCUCCUGAAAAUUGGUUUGAGAUAGUUAAACAGGGAUGGAGCAGGAUUGGAGCAAUAAUGGGGAAGAUAGAUGUCAAAAAAUUUACUUGGAACUUGAAAGUGCAGAUUCAGGUGCUUAAAAGGGCUGCAGUUUCCAUUCAGAGAUUUGGUUUCCCAAAUCUUACAGGGAAAAGUAUGGAUUUUGAACUAAUAGAUAACUUAUACCUUGUGUUGGCCCCAUUUGGUGUUAGAAAUGGGAUUGACAUUUGCAUUGUUGCAUGGAUUCUUUCGCCUGAUGAAGAGAGAAGCUCUAAUCCUAACUUAGAGAAGGAAAUUAAGAAAAGGUUAUCCAAUGAGGUUGCAGCUACAGCUCAUAGGUGUGGCAGGUGGAAGAAUCAAACGCGAAGAGCUGCCCAUGAUGGUUGUUGUCGUCGCGUUGCGCAAACACGAGCCUUGUGUUCUGUUCUUUGGAAGUUGCUUAUUUCAGAGGAACUUGUCCAGGCACUUAUGAGCACUGAAAUCCUAUUGGUGAAUGUACUUGCGGAUAUGGAACUAUGGGGAAUUGGUGUUGACAUGGAAGGAUGCCUUCAAGCGCGUAGCUUGUUGAGGAAAAAGAUUGCAUGUCUUGAGGCUGAGGCUUAUAAGCUUUCUGGCAGGAGAUUUUCAUUAUAUAAUUCUGCAGAUAUUGCAAAUGUGCUCUAUGAACACUUGAAGUUACCUGUACCAGAUGGACAUGAUAAAGGGAAACAGCAUCCAAGUACAGACAAGCAUUGUUUGGAUAUUUUGAGACAUGAGCAUCCAAUAAUUCCAGUCAUUCGAGAGCACCGAAGCUUGGCAAAGCUAUCAAACUGUACUUUGGGCUCAAUUUGUUCACUGUCAAGAUUGUCUAUGAAGACACAGAAAUACACGCUGCAUGGCCGUUGGCUCCAAACAUCAACAGCUACUGGACGGCUUUCUAUGGAGGAACCUAAUCUUCAAUGUGUUGAGCAUAUGGUUGAUUUCGAAAUGAUUAUGGACAAGAAUGGUGGUGAUGCUGAACAUCACAAAAUUAAUGCACGUGAUUUCUUUGUUCCAACCCAGGAUAACUGGUUGCUGUUAGCAGCAGAUUAUUCUCAAAUAGAAUUGAGGCUGAUGGCACACUUCUCUGAGGACUCCGCAUUAAUUGAACUCCUUAGUAAGCCACAUGGAGACGUUUUUACAAUGAUAGCAGCAAAAUGGACGGGGAAGUCAGAAGAUUCUGUUGGUUCACGUGAGCGAGAUCAGACCAAAAGGCUGGUUUAUGGAAUUCUCUACGGAAUGGGUGCCAACACUCUUGCAGAACAACUCAAUUGCAGUUCAGAUGAAGCUAAAGAAAAAAUUAAGAGUUUUAAAAGUUCUUUCCCUGGUGUUUCCUCUUGGCUUCAUGAAGCCGUCUCAUCGUGCCGUGAAAAAGGUUACGUGGAGACACUCAAGGGAAGAAGGCGCUACUUGUCAAAAAUAAAAUGUGGAAACUGUGAAGAAAUAUCAAGAGCUCAGAGACAAGCUGUGAACUCUAUCUGUCAGGGAUCUGCUGCCGAUAUAAUCAAGAUUGCAAUGAUAAAUAUUUACUAUGUGGUUGCCGAAGAAAAUGAUCAGCCUGAAUCUAGUUCCUCUCUUGCCACUAAAUUCCGCAUCCUCAAGGGCCGUUGCCGAAUCCUUUUGCAGGUGCAUGAUGAAUUGGUAUUGGAAGCUGAUCCUUGUGUGAUCAAGGAAGCUGCAUUGUUGCUAAGAGUGUGCAUGGAGAGUGCUGCCUCGCUUCUGGUUCCUUUGCAUGUAAAAGUCAAAAUUGGAAGGACAUGGGGCUCUUUGGAGCCCUUCCAGGCUGAGUAUUGUAUGAGUGAUAUCACCGUGCCCAAGUCAUAGAUCACAAACCUGCAUUGUACUUGAGUGAGAGGAAUGCUGGCAAGCAGUGAGGGAUAAUCUUAAUGCGAGUUAGGACCACUGCAUGUGACCAAUGGUAAUCUGUUAUGGUCAAAUGGUGUACAGGAAAUGGGGUAAGUCCUGAGAAUACCCUUUGAAAUGCAGUUUCGUGUUAAUUAUCCUUCUCUCAACAUCUUGCCAUCUAGAAGGAAUUUUAAGAAUGAAGAAAAUAAAGGUGUGACACAACUGCUAAUCCAAGGUGGACGUGCAUGGCAUAUGCUGGUUUUCACAGUAUUGUUGGUGAUCCUGGAACUACUAGGGUUUUCAAUAGCUCUUCUCUUCGACAAUUGCACAUCCUGGGACAUUCCCAAGUCCCGAGAGAUUGAUAAGACUAGGAGAUGUAGAUGCGUGUGCUGGUGAAUCAAGGAUAAGGCUCUGUCAAUGAGGGCUUGCUUAUUAUAAACCUCGGGUUGUCAUCUUCGGAAUUACAGAGGUACUUGUUUGUUAUCCGUUGAAGAAUGCAAUGCUAACUGAAAAACGAUAGGAUAUAUACUUUAGAGAUGAAUAGACCUUCCUGUUAGUUUAUACCCUUUUUUCCCUCUCCUCUUUAGGGUUAUGUUCUUUAAAAGCAUUUGGUUGGCGGAAAGAAAAGCAGUUGAUUAA